UCCGCGCUGCUCUGCUCAUGGUUUGCUGUGUACUGGUGCAAUCUGAGCCCAGCUGUGAUCAAACAGAGUUCUUACACCCUAACGGCACUUGUGUUGCAUGCUCUGUAUGUGGUCCAGGAGAAGCGCUCUCUGAGGACUGUGGUUUUGGAGAUGGUGGUGAAGGUGUCUGUAUUCUGUGUGAAGAAGGGAAGUUCAGUGCAGAUACAAGUAUAGCUCCCUGCAUACGAUGCACCCAGUGCAAGCUGCUGAACCGUCUGGAGAAGACAGCAUGCUCACCCAUCAGUGAUGCCCAGUGUGGGCAGUGCCUCCCACGGUAUUAUGAACUCAGGAGCAUGACUGGGGAAGUGGAGCUGGCCUGUGUGCCUUGUUACAACCAUGACACAGCACAUAAAGAGUGUUUGUUUUUGACAGCUCAAAGCUCCAAAGGAGGAGUAGAAGAAGAAACGUUUUCAAUAGUCCUGAUUGGUUCUGCAACAGCCUCCUUGGUUUUCCUCAUUGCCCUACUGCUUUGGGCUUUCCUUCUGACUGCUGAGAGAUUCAAGCGGGUUCCUGAGUACUGUCCUGGCCCUGAAGGACUACUGUCUGCAGAAGACCUUCAGUACCCACCUUUGUCCAACCCCACAGAGAGACCAGCCAAACAAUCAGAGGCCCCUUCACAGACACUUUCAGCUCAAGAACCCCUCAGAGGCCUAAACCCACUGAGCCAUGAGAAUGAGGUGCAUCCUACUUCUAUUGUGAUUAAUGUCACCACCAACAUUAAGUCCUCCAGUCAGAAAGAGGAGACCAUCACACAGGAGGAACAGCAAAGCAGCUGUUAUUCCAUGGAGGAGAUGGAGCAAAAACUUCAGACGAUAUGGGAGAUGGCUCAAGGUCAGAGUAUUGAGAUGCUCGACUAUGACUCCGUCCAGGACUUGUCCCUGCUGCUUGACUCUGCUGACAACAGGAACAUUUUGAGGAGACUGGGGCGGUCUUUGGGUGUCCCACCUCAGGUCAUCGCUCAUCUUCAAGGCUUCCAGGACCUCUUUCAGUACCUGCGUACCUCCACCUACACACUGCUUCCCCAGCUGGCCCAGGCUGCUGCACUCUUGCCUAAUCCUGAAGUUGUUGUUAGGAUACACAGGGCUGUUAUGAACAAGUGA